AGGUAUAAAUUCACACGUUUUGAGCUAAAAAAUACGUAUUUAGUCCAGAGAUAGCGUGAUAUAUAGUGUGACAAAGUUGCAGACAGUUCCACAAACCCUAGUGUUAGGAAGAUAACCAAAAAUAAUAAUACCAUACGAAGGAUUAAAGGAGGAUGUUAAAAAGAAGUCAAUUUUUGCUCACAAAAGUAAAGUUACUAUUGUGCGAGUAUGAUCCAAAAGCAUAACGCCGAGGUGCUGCCUGUAGGUACAAAGCAGAGGCACGGGCAUUGUCCUGGCGACACACGAGAAUCGUAACCGCGCUCUCACAACGCCCGUCACAGACAUGAAGACCCGAGUAUUCUUUUACCUGGACCUUCCUAUCAGGGAUACUUCCACCACAACAUGGUGUUAGAAGUGCGUGACUGCAAUUAAGAUUAGAGGAAUCGCAUCCGAAAGGAAAGGAGAAGGAAGUGUACAUGCGACGGAAUCUAACCUAGUCGUGAGCCGCACCGCGCUGCGUCAGAAGGAAACGUCGCGUAUCCGAAACUAAAUAAAACUAAAGAAAAUAGUGACUAAGUGAAAUAGUGACUAGGAAAAAUGAGCCAACAAGGCCAGACACUAUCAUCAUCGAAAGUUAAUGUAGGGAAAAAAUUUCCAAAAAUUUUCAGAGACCUAGGUUCAUUUAGUAAAGAGUUAACUAUUCACACGAGAGAGGGGGCUAAACCCUUCGCACUAAGCGUACCGCGAUCAGUUGCAUUACCUUUAUUACCGAAGUUAAAGAAAGAGUUAGACGCGCUACAAAAUAAGGGCGUGAUCGUCCCAGUCGGUUUCCCGACAGAGUGGUGCAGUCCUAUAGUGAUAGUUUCGAAAUUAAAUGGAAAUACGCAUAUGCGGCGAUUAUACGGUUCUCAAUAGGAGCGUGAGACGCACGGUACACCUGAUACCGAAGGUAGACGUCACGCUCGCAAAGUUAAAAGGGUCGAAAAUAUUUUCCAAGCUCGAUGCUAAAACCGGCUAUCACUAAUUAAAAUUAGAUAAAGAAAGUAAAAAAUUAACGACGUUCAUAACCUGGUUCGGAAGGUAUAUACACACACGCUUGCCAUACAGCAUAAACUGCGCAUCAAAUUAUUUUUCAAAAGAGUUCACGGAGGCGUUAGGCUUGACAUAGCAAAUGUGAUCGUGGUCGUCGACAUUUUAAUAUACGGCCAGAACGUCGAAGAACACGAC